AUCACAUUGAAAGGAAUGAUAAAAUAGCAAUGUUCAUAAAAAUUGCUGCACACACUUAUGCGCGUUAAUAUUAUGCAGCCGCUUGAACUUAUCUAAAUACGAAAACGGCAUUUUUAUGGAAAAUUAUGCAAAAGCGAUGCUUGGAUGUUUAAAAUGGACAUUUAAAGGCAAAGAUAAAGCAGACAAAUUCCUGCAGUAUAAAAAGUAAUCGAAUUCUUAUAAAAUAUUUAAUUUUUACGCACUGCCUUGUUCCAGUAAAUUUCAGAUAAGAUGGCACAUGUGGAAUGCAAGAGAUACGUCACGUGUCCUAUGUGCAAAGGUGCAGGUGGGAAACAUUACUUGGAUACAAAAUCUUUAACGUGUUUUUAUUUGUUUUGGAAUAAAAAUAUCUUGACAGGCAAGUCUGCUACAUGCGCGGCGAUAGGACCGGCUGCCUUAUCUUCGCAACAUGAGAAUGCAAAACCAGCGCGAGUUACGAGAACGCGAAAUUGCGAAACAGCAUAUUCGGGGGCUUCGGGAGAUCCGCGUUUUCUUACAUUAUCUGAUGGCAAAUAUCCAAAGGAAGUUAAUCCUGUGACCACUUACGGAGACUAUGCAGCUAUGCUGGAAGACGAUUAUGAAGGAACACCGGAGGAAUUUAUGAAUCCACAGAAAGUGCUAAAACUCGCCCUGCAAAGUUUAAAGCAGGAUCAAUGGCAGAGCACUAUACCAGGUUUAAUAAAACUCAUGCAUAUUUCAAGGAUUCAACCGGAAUUGCUGGACUCCAGUAUGCCUCGCAUAUAUCGAACCUUGUGCAGUUUAUUGAGAAAUACAAGACCGCAUGUCGUUAGAACCGUCUGUCAAAUAGCAUUGGAAUUAUAUAAAACGGUCCAGUGCACGCAAAGGCCUGAGUUUGACGAACUUACCUCUACGUUACUUUUAAAAAGUACACAUACCAACAAGGGAAUUCGAAAUGACGCUCAACGUGCUUUAGAUUCCAUGGUGACACACUUGCCUCCUGCAACUUGUAUUCGUAUAUUGGCCAGUGAACAUGGUGCUAGUCACAAAAAUCCAUUGAUAAGAGCAACUGUAAGUCGGUUGCUUUAUAACAUUAUUAAUAUCAUUGGAGUGGAAUAUUUAUUGUCAAACCCAAAUUUCAAAGAUACUCGUCGAAAAAUAUUCACGAUGUGUGCAAAAUUUCUUCUCGAUGGUAAUAAUGAGACAAGAAAUGAUGCGAAAAAGACAUUGAAAACAAUGAUGGCUCAUCAGGACUUUGAUACUUUAUUUUAUCAGGACAUAGACUGGAAAAUUAUUAGCAACAUAGAAAAGCAAUUAAUUUCUUUAAAAUACAAUCAGAUUCAUAGUGUAUAAUAUUGCUUGCUAAUUUAUGUAUCAAUAAUGUAAUGGCACUAUAUAUUGUCUAUUUGUGUAAUAAAUGAUUAAUCAUUGUC